AAUUUUUUUUUUCUAAAGACAAUUUUCCCAUGCUGCCCCCUGUUGCCCCCAACACCCUUUACCUCCCUUUUGCUCACAUCUCACGCGACGUCGGACACGCCGCCGCCGAGCUCUUCCUUUCUGCUUCAGAUUGACUUCCCCUUCGCCUAAAGUGUGAGGAGAAUCUGGCGUACAAGAAAUUAAGAUAUAAACCGCUUCCCUUUGUUCAUGAAUUAACCGUAUUAUUCAAGGAUAUCACAACACAGGUCACAGAUAUGGACGCUUGCGGCUGCUGAUGCAUGAAGUCUUGAAAUGGACUUACAAGAGGGAUUAGGAGACAACGAUGAAAUUCAUAGGAUGAGUGGUGGAGAAGGUUCUGAGCUUGAGCAAAUUAAUUUAAGCAAUAUUGGAGCACACAAUGGUGUUACCAAUUCAAGUAGAAAACGGAAGAGAGGUGAACAUGGUGAGAGAAAUAAAGAGAAGAAAAGGGAGAAACUUUCAGUCAAGAGGGAAAUACUUGAUGCAUUGAAUCGAAUAUCUGAUGCAUUUGAGUCACAAACAGCUUCUAUACAGUCAUUUCUUACACCUGAUUCCUCUAUGGGUGAAAUUAUUGCUGAAAUCAGUCAAAUUGAGGAGAUUGCAAAUGAUGAUGAUUGGUUUGGACGGUGUUGUACUCUCCUGAGGAAUAAGGAUGCAUGGGCAAUUUAUUCAGCACUUAAAGAUAACCGGAGAAUGCUACUGGCCUUCUUGAAGCAUGCGGCUUACAACCCACCAAAAAACUUAGUACCACCUUUUCUUCGUUAUAUGUUAUAGUUACAACUUGGUAGAAGUGAUUUAUUUUUCAUCUUGUUCUGUGUUAGUUCUACGCUCCUUAAAUGAUCUUUGUUAAAAACUGGCUGACAAAACUAUGUAUGUUUUGUCUUGCAUGGUAUUUAUGCUAGUGAUGUUUUAGGUUAUCAA